GACAAAAUACAGAAAUAAACACAAGCACAAUUCUUCUAAAAAACCUGAUAGUUUUAAUAAUAAAGAAUUGAAUGAUCAAGCCUUUGGUAUGGCAGCCAUCAUGGGUCUUGAUCCACCAUUAUUCUCAAUUUGUCAUAUUUUAAGUCCUUUGUAG